AUUUCCUCCACCUACCUUCAACAUGUCAAAAAUGUCACUCUCCAACAUUUUAUCCUCCAUUUGCUUGAUUAUGCUAACCUUCAUCCCCAUGUUUCUUGCUCACAAUACACCCCAACACUACGUCGACGCCCACAAUGCAGUUCGAGCUGAGGUUGGGGCCGAUCCAGUCUUUUGGGACGAAGAACUUGCAACUUAUGCUAACAAUUAUCUCGAGACAAAGAUUGCAACGUGUGAGAUGGUGCACUCCAAAGGCCCUUACGGCGAGAACCUAGCAACGCUAGAUGGCUUGUUGACAGCGGCGGCUGCAGUGCAGGCAUGGGCGGAUGAGAAGAAAUACUACGACCACAAGUCCAACACGUGCGUUGGCGGCGAGUGUCGCCAUUACACCCAAUUGGUGUGGAAGAAGAGUUUCCUAAUAGGUUGUGCCAAUGUUAAGUGCAAAAACCAUUGGACUUUGGUCUCUUGCAACUACAGUCCUGCUGGUAAUGUUCCAGGUGAGCUGCCUUAUUAG